ACAAAUAACUAUUUUGCUUUUUGUUCGAGCUCUGCUCGUACAGAAAAGUUUUCAGGUCACGUUUCAGUCUUUCUGCUUUUUAUUCAUCAAUUGGUGUUUUCGUAGACUUUCACGACAUGGGUAAAGAAAGCAUGGAAGAAGGGCAACUGUCAAAUCCUCUGUUGAAUGUUAAAGAUAGAGGUGGAGGUGGUCAUAGUGGAGAUGAGGGUUCUAAGAUUUUCAUUUCUAGACAAGGCGGUACUAGCCAUGAUCCUGAAUCAGAUGAUGAGUCUUCCUCUGUUACCACUAUGCUAGUUCUUACCACGUUGGUUGCUGUUUGUGGGUCCUAUGUUUUCGGCUCUGCUGUGGGAUAUUCUUCACCAGCUCAGUCUGGAAUUGUAGAUGACCUGGGUCUUACUGUGGCAGAGUACUCACUUUUCGGUUCCAUUUUGACAAUUGGGGCCAUGAUUGGUGCUAUAGUUAGUGGUAAAAUAGCUGAUUACAUUGGUAGAAGAGGUACAAUGGGAUUUUCAGAGGUGUUCUGCAUUGUAGGAUGGCUUUUUAUAGUUUUUGCCAAGGUUGCUUGGUGGCUUGACCUUGGAAGACUUCUAGUAGGAUGUGGAAUGGGACUUCUGUCUUAUGUGGUACCUGUCUAUAUAGCAGAAAUAACCCCUAAGAAUCUUAGAGGUGGAUUUACCACUGUUCAUCAGUUGAUGAUAUGUUGUGGGGUGUCAUUGACAUAUCUUAUUGGGGCUUUUGUAAAUUGGAGGAUCUUGGCUCUUCUUGGAACAAUUCCAUGUCUGGUACAGCUUCUUGGCCUAUUCUUUAUUCCAGAAUCUCCCAGAUGGCUCGCAAAGAUAGGCCGAGAAAAUGAGUGUGAAGCUGCUUUACAGCGCCUUAGGGGGGAAAAUGCCAAUAUUUCUAAAGAAGUUGCUGAAAUCAAAGAUUACACAGAAACUCUUGGAAGGCUUUCUGAAGCUAGCAUUACUGACCUGUUCCAAUGGAGAUAUGCCCAUUCACUUCUAGUUGGAGUUGGCUUGAUGGUCUUGCAACAAUUCGGAGGUGUAAACGGCAUUGCGUUUUAUGCAAGUGCAAUUUUCAUUUCAGCUGGGUUUUCUGGAAGUGUUGGUACGAUAGCAAUGGUGGUUGUUCAGGUUCCAAUGACGGCAUUGGGAGUGGUUUUGAUGGACAAAUCUGGAAGAAGGCCACUUCUUUUGGUUUCUUCUGCUGGCACAUGCUUAGGUUGUCUUCUUGUGGGAUUGUCCUUCAUCUUUCAGGACAUUCAAAAAUGGAAUGAGGCUACACCCUUUUUAGCACUUGCUGGAGUACUGGUUUAUACAGGAUCAUUCUCAUUAGGUAUGGGAGGAAUUCCUUGGGUUAUAAUGUCAGAGAUAUUUCCAAUAAACAUGAAAGGGUCAGCGGGAAGUCUGGUGACAUUGGUGAGCUGGUUAGGCUCGUGGAUUAUAUCAUAUUUUUUCAACUUCUUAAUGAAUUGGAGCUCAUCAGGGACAUUUUUUGGAUUCUCAUGCAUAUGUGGGUUAACCGUUUGGUUUGUCGCCAUGUUGGUACCGGAGACAAAGGGAAGAACGCUAGAAGAAAUACAAGCAUCCUUGAAUCCCAUUUCGAAAAACACAUGAUUCACUAUUCACUAUCACACUUUUUAAUUUAUUAAUCAUGUCCAACAAAACAUCAAUCUAUAACAAAGAUCCCAACUGUUAAAAGAACUUGAAGGAGUGGUAUAUUAUAAUAUAGAUUGUAAAAUUUGGAUCGAUAUUUUAUUAUUAUUAUUUUUUUAAUUUUAUGUAAGGUUGCUCAUA